GGUCUCGUUGCGAGGCACCCGGAUGGAGAAAUCAACAUGUAAACAACGUGUUAAUAUCAAUGGAAGACUUGAUCAAAAAUUAUCAUCAUGUGCGAAUCAGAUUUAUCCUUGAAGAAGUAACCGCUAGUUUAUAGUGGCUAAUUUAAUUUAAAAUCUUCUCUCCUGAAGAAGUCAUGGCGGCAAAAGUGAUUUAUUUUAAAGUUGGAGAGAAAGACGAGCAGGCAGAGUUCGGACCGGACGUUCCUACUGAGGACAUCAAAGAGUUGUUUCGAUGUGCUGCUGAAGCAAGCCCUUACGAUAUUUUAAAACUCUACAAUACCAAGGGAAAUUUGGUAAAUAUAUCGUCAAAACUGCAGGAGAACUCUCCCGAAACACGCUACCGGCUCGACACUGUGGCGACGAGCUGUACAGCUUGCGGAAUUUGUGAAACAGGUCAGAAAUUAGAGGCUUUAGAGAAAAGACUAGAGAAUUUGGAAAGAGAAAUAUUGAUAGAGAAUGGAGAGACUCCAUCAGUGGUAAAGGACAUCAAGUCAAAAGUGGAUUCUUUUAGAGAUAAACUAGAGAGUGUGGAGCACUUAAGUUGGCUCGGCCUUUUCAAAGAAAUGUCCAGUGGCACACGUAGAUCAGGAACUGCAAAACCAAUUCUUGCUAGAAAAACAUCAGAAGAAUUCCAAAAUGUAUUUAAGAAAUUUAAGAAACUAUCAACUGCAGAAUUAUCAGAAGAAACAAGAAAUAUUUUGAAAAAGCCGACAUUUGACAACUGGCAAUGGGAAGAGGAAGAAAUGUUAUACCUAUUACAACAGAUGUAUGUGGAUUUAGGAUUAUUAGACUCGUUUAACAUUGAGAGAUCAACACUACAAUAUUUCCUGUACGAGGUGUAUCGACAUUAUAACCCAGCGCCAUUCCAUAAUUUUAGACACGCGUUUUGCGUCACCCAAAUGAUGUAUGGUUUAAUAUGGAUGACAGAUAUCUCGUCAAAAAUUGAACCUCAUGAAAUCUUGAUCAUGUUGACAUCAGCACUGUGUCACGACUUGGACCAUCCGGGAUACAACAACGCUUAUCAGAUCAACGCAAGAACAGAGUUGGCAUUAAGAUAUAACGAUCUAUCGCCCUUAGAGAAUCACCACUGUGCUGUAGCAUUCGAUAUCAUGUCUCAGAAUGAAUCAAAUAUUCUUAAGAAUGUUAGUCCCGAGAUGUUCAAAAAGAUGCGUGAAGGAAUGAUAAAGUGUAUACUAGCGACAGAUAUGGCCAGACACUCGGAGAUUCUCAAGAACUUUAAAGAAAUGCUUAAAUCUGGCUUUAAGUUCGACAAUGAGGGUCAUAAAUUAAUGUUGAUGCAAAUAAUGAUCAAAGUAUCAGAUGUGUCUAACGAAGCACGACCCAUGGAUGUAGCUGAGCCUUGGUUAGACUGUUUACUACAAGAAUUCUUUACUCAGAGUGAUGUAGAGAAGAUGGAGGGGUUACCAGUAGCGCCAUUCAUGGAUAGAAAUAAAGUAACCAAACCGUCUGCACAGAUUGGAUUCAUCAAAUUUGUCUUGAUUCCUUUAUUCGAGGCUCUUGGAGAAUUAUUCCCAAUUCUAGAGGAACAUCUUAUUUCACCAGUUCGUAAAGCUCUCAGUUACUACGUCGACAUGGGACAAACCAUGGAAAAAGAGCUGAAGAAGAAGAACUCACGAGAAGAGAAUGAUAAACAACAAGUCGUUGAUCACAUACGGAAAGAGCGAGAUAAAGAAACAGCGAUCCUAAUCAAUGGAAGGACCAACAAUAAAUCAUAACAUUAUGAGUAUCAUACUUAGAGCGCAUGCAGUAAAACCAUGAAAUAAAAACAAAGUUGAUACAGACAAAUAGUAGCUAUUUAGUGACUAAUAGUUGCU